ACUGUAUCUGUCACUGCCUCAGCUUGAUUCAGACCUGAUACAGACCUGAUUCAGACCCGCUCCUGGUGCUGCUGCGUCCUGCGCGCACAAACGUUCCCAGCAGACUUUACGCGCACGUCACGGAGGAAAAGCAGCAGGGAAAUACUCGUGGUGGUAUUUCUCGGUUCAAAGGGAACACAGCAGGUGUUUUAGACUCCCACCUGGAUAAUACUUUUAAAUGUGAUGUGAUUAUUCCUCCUGGAGACGCCGUGGGUUCAUUGUGCCAGAAUGUUUCCGCAGUGUGUUUGGCGGCGCGCCUGUGCCUCGGUGUCCGCGCCAGGACUGUGGACUGUUUGCUUGCAGCUGAUUUUCCUCCUCCUCCAAGGCUUCACUGGAUUUUAACAGAGGAAAGUUAUCUUCAAGCUGAGAGAGGAGGUUUCUCUUUAAGGAAGGUCAUCUUUAAGAGAGAGGAGGGAGAGAACUCAGAGUGGAUCUUUCUCACUGGACUCAUUGAGGCGCAUGUGCCAUGGGUGCCAUGGUGCCACACCGCCUCCGCGUCCUGCUGCUCCUCCUGCACCUGGUCCUGCUCCUGCUGGGCUGGACUGUCGGGGCUGUGCGGGUACGGAAGAAAGCCACCAGGACCCGGUCCUGCUUGGACCUGCCGGAAGAGAUCCUGGAGCAGAUGUUCGGGAGGCUUUCAGUGGGAGUGAUGAGCGCUUUUCAUCACGCGCUGCAGCUGGAGCCGCAGGAUAAACUCAACCUCACGUGCCCGACCACCGCGAGGUCCCCAAACAGCAGCAAGACCCGCCUCCCUGUGAACCUGCUCAGCGUCUCCCCCUGGGCCUACAGGCUCUCCUACAACCCGUCCAGGUACCCCCGCUACAUCCCUGAAGCGUACUGUCUGUGUAAAGGCUGCCUGAUGGGACCCUACGGUGAGGAGAGCGAGCAGUACCGCAGCACUCCGGUCUACGCUCCCUCCGUCAUCCUGAAGAGGACCGGCUCCUGCCUCGGAGGACGACACUCCUACACGGAGAUCUACGUCUCCAUCGCGGUGGGAUGCACGUGUGUGCCGCUGCUGGAGAAGGAGAGGGACGGACACAAGAGCAACCAGAGCAUGGAGAGAGCAGAGAACAAAACAGGACGAAGACGACUCGUUCCUGUGAGGAAGAAAGUCUGAUGAGAGCUGACUGUGGAGCUCCAGAGAAGGUAUCCUGCACCAGAGACUCAUUUGUUGGAUUCUGUGUGUUCCCAAAGAAAUACAACAACAGAGGAGUUCAGAGCUUCUGCAUAAACCUAAAGAAAGACAUCCUGACUUCAGAGCACAGCAAACUCAAUCUACAACAGACUGACACUCUUAAAUGUGGACUAAAUAAUCUUUUUGAAGGGAUAAAUAACAAAACAAAUAAAGGUAGAAUGUGUCCAUCUUUCUUUGGUGGACAAACCUUCACACAUUAAAGCAACACAGAUCAACCAGCUGAUUCAAAAUCUACCAAAUCCAUCCAAUCCCAAGCCGAUCAACACUGCCACCUGCUGGAGAAUAAGGUACUCUGUCCUUCUGUUACACCUCCACAGCUUCUUCUCAUCACAGGUUUUUAUCAACCAUGUUUGUACUAGAACACAUCACCGCUCCCCGCAAAAAAUUAUCUCUCAUCUCAAAACUCAUUUUCAGGAAACAAGAAGUUGUUUCUGAACGGGUCUGGUUGUUCUAAAGAAAUCUGAUGUGAUGAAAGUCAUCAGGUUGGAUCAAAUCUUGAAAAGGGGUUUAAAUCAGAUAAUCCAGUCUUGGUUUGUACCCAAAUAAAACCUCCAGUUAGUGUUGGUCAAAGCAGGGAGCAGCUGGAUUCAGGAGGAAUCGCAGGAGAGUAAACUGUUGAAGCACGACAACACUUAUCAAAAUAAAUCUCUUACAUAUUG